CUCCCAGGAGGGUGUGUGAAUGUGAAUGCGCUCGCGCUCAUUUAAAGCCGUUCGUUUUUCUACGAGGCGGCGCUGCAUGCUGUCAAUCUGCAGAAUAGGAACAACACCGCCCUGAUUUAACGAACUGCUUGCGGAUUUAAUGUUCUAUCUUCAUUUCAUUUUCUCCCCCGUUAAUUGUAUGGAGAAGUGGUUUGUCUUUAUGCACCGCUCGCUGGCUGGAGGCGAGUGUCCGUGAGGGAGGAGGAGCUACCGGACAUCCGAUAAGGAACUACGAGCUUCAUUGAACAGGGAAGCCUGUUUUCCAGAAUGACUGCCGUCAGGCAGAGGAAGGGCAGCAAAGGGAAGGAGCCGGGGCCCGGCAUUCAGAACCUGAAGCCAGAGUGUAUAACUGAACCUAGAGAGUGGUUUGCAACAGGUGGAUUCUCAUGGUGGACAAUAUUGUGUAUAACCAUUGGCUCAAUAGUGGGAGUUAGUCUGGGCUUGCUAUGCUGCAUCUAUGUGGCUACACUUCAUGAAAAUGACCUGUGGUUUUCCAAUAUAAAGGAAGUCGAGCGUGAAAUCUCCUUCCGGACAGAAUGUGGCCUUUAUUACUCCUACUACAAACAGAUGUUGAAGGCCCCUUCUGUACAGCAAGGUCUUUAUGAGCUUAUUCAUGACAACACUACUGAAUCCAAGAGGACAAUAAACAUCCUACAGCGUAUGAACAUCUACCAGGAAGUGUUCCUUAGCAUUUUGUACAGAAUACUUCCAAUACAGACCUACUUGGAGCCAAUUUAUUUCUACAUCUACACAGUGUUUGCUUUGCAGACAGUGUAUGUCUUCGCUCUCUUUAUCACUAGCUGGUUACUCAGUGACUCAUGGCUGGCUGGGGCCCUCAGUGGAGUCUGGUACAUUCUGAACAGAGUGGACACCACACGCGUGGAGUUUACCAUCUCUCUAAGGGAGAACUGGUCAAUACCUUUCUUUGCUCUUCAGGUGGCUGCCAUAACCUGCUACUUAAGGCCACAGCUAAAACCUAUUCACCAGAGGGUGGUGCUGUGGCUGGUGUUCGUCUCCACCUUCUGCUUCUGCUUGACAUGGCAAUUCAAUCAGUUUGUCCUGCUGGUGCAGGCCCUUAUAAUCUUUACUCUGGAUUGCCUGGACUUCUUCACAGCGAAACAGGUGGUCUCUCUGUACCUGAUGCAGGUGUUGAGUCUGUUAUUGGUGUGGCUACUGCAGUUCUGCAAUUCUAUGAUUCUGGGUUCUCUGGUGCUCAGCUUCAUUGUAUCUGUUCUCUUCAUCAAACACUUCCAGAAGGGACUAAAGACGGGCAGCUUUGUUAUACGAGUAGGAAAACUGGCUCUUCACACACUCCUAGUCCUCACAUUAACUUUCACCAUCAAUUAUUCAGCCAAGAAAAUACUCCAGCUGAAAUCGGAUGAGCACAUCUUUAAGUUCAUAAAGGCCAAGUUUGGCUUCGGGGCAACGAGAGACUUUGAUGCCAGUCUCUAUCUGUGCGAAGAGGCAUUUGGCGUGUUGCCAUUGGAUACAUUUGAGCGGUUGGCUGGCACAGUGCUGCUCUAUCCGUAUCUGUGCACCCUCAGUGUGCUGUUCAUCUUGCUGCUGCUGGUGGCACUCUCUAAUCUCAGCACAAAUGGGUCUGGCCAAGCGAGCAGGGAGAAAGAGGACAGGACCUUUAGCAUGCGGCCGGACGUCGCUUACAAUCUCUUGCACACCGUCUUCUUUGGCCUGCUCGCCUUUUCCACUAUGAGAAUGAAAUAUUUGUGGACUGGCCAUAUGUGUGCAUUCACUGCGUUUGGGGUCUGUGGAAAGGAGGUGUGGACGUUGUAUCUGAGAGUCCUCCACUGCAACACUAAAACCACGAUGAGACUGAUCAGGUACUCUGUUCCAAUUGUAAUUCUGGCGUUUCUUUAUUACAAGUUCUGGCCCAGAAUGAUGGAGGAGAUUUCUGAACUGAGAGAGUUUUAUGACCCAGACACUGUGGAGCUAAUGGAGUGGAUCAGAUUGAAGACGCCCAAACGGGCAGUGUUUGCAGGCAGCAUGCAGCUGUUGGCUGGAAUUAAGCUGUGUACGGGAAGAAUAUUGACAAACCAUCCACACUACGAGGACCAGGCGCUGAGGGAGAGGACCAGACAGGUAUAUCAGGUCUAUGCGCGUCAGUCUGCUGAGGAGGUUCAUAAAGUGCUCGGUUCGGUUGGAGCGGACUACAUCGUGCUGGAGGACAGCAUCUGCUACGAGCGCAGGCACAGCCGUGGCUGUAGGCUGAGGGACCUGCUCGACCUGGCGAACGGUCAUAUCAUGGAUGGCCCAGGUGAAAACGAGCCGGACCUCAUCCCGGCGUCUCAUCCACGGUUUUGUGAGGUCAUUAAGACUGACACUCCUCCGUAUUCAACCCUCUUCUCACGAGUGUUCAAAAACAAGACCUUUCACGUGUACAAACUCAAGAAACUCAAGAAGAAAAACAAAGCUGAAAGCGGUCCGUAGUGCUCGUUCCUCAACAGCAGUCGCCCGCCUUCACUGGAUGGCUGAACGCCCCAUCUGGAAUGUUCAGUGAGUGUGUGAUAGUAGCAGGUGUGUGUGUGUGCGGCUGUGUGCUUGAGAGAUGCCUGAUUGAGCCAGCACACGUUAGAUUUGGUGCGUUUGUGUGUGUAAAUCUUCUUUGAGCCGGUCUGCCGCAACAGGAGCUCAAGUUUAACGUGGAGAGGAGGGAAGAAAAUCUCUUUCUCACAGUCUGUCGCACUCUCUCUCUGAUCAUCGCUUCUCUUUCGACACGUGCCCUUUCACCAAGCUCACAUUUAUGAAACCAGGAAA